GGACUUGGGUUGAGGGGUUACGUAAUAUCCCUGCGCCUCCGAGUGCAGGACAUGACUUUUAAAACGGGGCUGCGAAAUUUGGAGGAUUUUUAUCACUGAAACCGAUUCAGUUCCACGAUGUCCUUUUCCAGUCUACUGAGAUGCAAAACUCUGCUGUCGUUACCGUGCAGAACCGCGUUAAGGAGGUUCUCCACUCAAACAGACGGAGAAGUCCGGAUUGCAAAGGUACUGAAAGAGAAGUUUCCGCUCGCGACUUCGCUGAAGGUUGUGGACAUAUCAGGAGGCUGCGGCGCAAUGUAUGAAAUACACAUCGAGUCAGACGAGUUCAGAGGGAAGAGAACAGUGCAGCAACACCAGUUAGUGAAUCAGGCACUCAAGGAAGAGAUUAAAGGAAUGCAUGGACUGCGAAUAUUCACCGAUGUUCCGCAGAAGUAGACUCAGCUAUUGUUCACUACACACAGAUCUCUACUAUGCUAGUCAACUCUUGCACCAGAGUAUCAUAUUCCAAUGAUUCCUUUGAAGCACUUCAAGUAAAUUAUUACAAGCUAUUUAAAGAAGUAUGAAAUAUCAGGGAAAUCUUUUAGAGAAAAUGGUGACAUACAACAUUAAUAGCAAACGCAAUAGUUUGCAUUCUGCUACCGUACGCACAACAUGCGUCUUUUGAACGCUGUAAUACGCACAAAAUGAUACAGUAUGACAGUGUAGCAUCAGUCACGAUGACACACUGUUGUAUCCUGAGUAAGAGAGGACCUAGCAAGCAACUGAAUAUGCAGGGUAUAACUGAUUUAUAUGUGAGACCAGUGAUUUUGGACAGACUUUAUAGUUUUGUUAUGACUUUAAAUGAGACCUAAUCUUCUGUUGCAAGUCUGAGACUUGUUUUUCAUCUGUGCUGUUUUUGUGAUUAGGAGCUAAAAGCCAUUAAAUCACAUACAAUUUAUUUCUGUUUA